AUGGCAACAGCAACAAUUCUGUCAUCUAACUCCAAUGACCAACUCUUCGACAAAGGCAAAGCCUUCUGGAACAAUUACCUCAAAGGCCGCCCCUCCGCGCCCGACGUCUUUUUCCAGCGCCUCUUCAACUACCACCAAUCGCACGGGGGCAAGUUCGGGACGGUGCACGAUGUGGGCGCCGGCAACGGGCCCUACGCACACAUCCUCCGCUCCAAGUUCCAGCAUGUGAUUAUCUCCGACAUCGCGAAGGAGAACGUCGUCCUCGCCGAGGGUCGUCUCGGGAACGAUGGGUUCAGCUACCGCGCUGCCCGGGUCGAAGAGAGCGACGACAUCGCUCCCGGCAGCGUGGAUAUGGUCUUUGCGACCAACGUCAUGCAUUUCUGCGACCAGCCGCUUGCAAUGAGCGUAAUCGCGCGCCAACUCCGUUCUGGGGGCACAUUUGCCUGCGCAGCCUUUGGAGCGGCGCAGUUUGAGGAUCCCCGUAUUCAGGACGUCUACACUCGCAUCAAUUACUCCGGAGGUCGAGCCUUACUCGCUAAGGCCGAUGACCCGGAGAAGCUGGAAGCCGUCAUGGCCCGCACGCAGGGCAAGUACAAUGUCGCCCCGUUGGAUGGAGGGCUGUGGCUUCCCCGUGCGCAGCGCAUUCACCUCAACAUGGCGAACGGCGGCAUCACGGCUCCCUUGCCGCCUGAGGUGCAGGUCCACGAGCCUGUCUAUACUGGGGUUGACGAUGUGGAAACCUUUGUUCAGGAGGAUGGGUGGAGCUUUGUGACGGAGCUUGAGGGUGUCAAGGAGCAUGUGCUGUCGUUUCCGUUCGCGCGGGAAGAUCCGCAUUUCGGGGAGUUGUGGCAGGAGAUGGAAGAUCUCAUUGGGGACGAUGAGACCUCCGACCGUUUGACCAGCUACAGAACUGCCAGUAUGCCCGCCCCCGCCGAGACACAAACCGCCACCUUGAACAAAUUCAUCGAAGGCUGGAAAGGCUGGACACCGGAUGGCUUUCUGGCCAGCUGGUCGGACGACUGCGCCCAGGUGACUCUGCCCUUCAGCUCCGGGGUUCCGCCUCGCACCCGGGCCAUCACCGAGAAGCUCUUCCCGAAGCUCAUGUCGAUUCUGACCAACUUUCAGCUGACGGUGCACAACGUCAUCCAUGAUCCCGCGGAGAGCAAGGCGGUUAUCUAUGCCAUCACCACGGCCGACUCGCCCUUCGGGCCGUACAAGAACGAACACGCCUGUUUUGUGUGGUUCGAUGAGAGUGGCGGGUCCGUGAACCGGAUCGAGGAGAUGUUUGACGGGGUGUUUAUGAAGAGCUUUCUGCCCAAGUUGGAAGCGUACAUUAAGGGACAGGAGGAGGCUUGA